CAUUAUCGUAAGUGUUCAUAUCUGAAAUGUAGGCUAGCUUUGAACAUUAGCUUUUAUGCUACAACAUCUUGUCAAUAACACUGGAUGUGUACGGUGGUCAUAUCACCAAACAUCAUCUAGAAACAUUAUAGCAUUAUAACAUUAUUGACAAAGCAUUGCAAAGAUCUGACGUAGCAAAAUUUAGCAAGUCCUAAACCUACAUGAAAUUUGCUUGGCAGUUUCUCCGCCAAAAUAAAAGCUCGAUAGUUUCGCUUUUGACAACGCCAUUGCCACACUCUCAGGAAAAAAGGAACAAAAGCUGUCACUGUGACAAAUAUCUACCUUUUAGGUACUAACAUGUACUUUAUGCACCUUUAGGGGUAAAUAAGGUACACAGGCGUGUACCUUUUGAAAAGUGACAGCUUUCGUAACAUCAGUGUUAAUUUUUAUAUAAUACAGGUGUACUGUAAAAUAAAAUUAUUAUUUUCUUAAACGGGUCAUUCCUGUUAUACAGUGACUUUUCUGUCUCUAUGAUUUACUUACUCAUAUUUUCUCUAAAAUAGCCACAUAUUUAUAAGAAAUUGCUUAAAUUAUACAUAUUAGGUCUACUUUAUCACUUAAACAGAGAUAAUAGACAUAAAAAAAUAUUAUUUUGUUUUUUUACACACCUUUUAUUGAUACAUGCGUUCAGUUUUAUUAUGUCCUCAGUGCAAAGUAAUCAACUUCCUCUAGAAAUAUAAACCAUGAAAUGAUAAAAAUCUCAAAAUAAUUUUAAAUUAUGUUAUGGACUAGGCUAAACUUCAUCUAAUCAUACAUAUAAAUCAUGUGAAACCAUUUUUAUUUAUUUUUUUACAAUUUUCUUCAUUUACCGUGUCCCUAAAGUCAUCUUCCACCCUGUUAGUAUGUACUCCCUCGCCUUCCAAAAUAGACUACUGAAAAUAGAUUCCACUGAGAUCAUUUUCAGGAAGUGAUAUUGUUUAUUUUUUUCCGCUGGAAUUCAACUGUGCAAAUGGAGGUGCCCGUUGCAUAUAGGCACAAUGAGCUGCUGGAUGUUGUUACGGCUGCACAUCGAGGAUCUUCGCAGAUCUCUCCUUCCUCUGUACUGUUCCCUCAGCCUGCGAGCUUUCAGUUCUGGAGCUAUCAGCCGCAGCUUGAGAGAGAGUUACCGUAUACUGCAGCUGCCUGAAGAUGGAGCCAGCGAUGCUGCAGAGGUCAAGGAGGCUUACCUACGCAUGGCCAAGCUCUACCAUCCAGAUUCCGGUGCUCCCACAGCAGACGCAGCUCUGUUUUCCCAGAUAGAGGAGGCCUAUCGGGCUGUUCUUGCCCGCCUUGCACAGCAGAAGUCAGCCUCACAGUAUACCCAAUCGAUGGAGGAAGAAGAGGAAGAUAAAAUUAAAAUGAAUGCCCCUCAACACAGACAUUACCUCAGUUUUGAAGGCAUUGGUUCUGGCACUCCGAGCCAAAGAGAACGACAGUACCGACAGUUUCGUGUAGACCGUGCCACCGACCAGGUUCUGGAGUAUCGACAGAAGGAGAUGGAGAAGGCGGCAGCAGACGAAGGAGCCAUGGUGACCCGAGAUGCACGUUUGCGCAGCAAGCAAAUCAAAAUCACUCAGGCGGUGGAGAGGCUUGUUGAGGACCUCAUCCAAGAGUCGAUGGCCCGUGGAGACUUCCAAAACCUCAGUGGCACUGGCAAACCGCUCAACAAGUUUGAUCAUAACCCAUAUAUGGACCCCAUGACACACAACCUCAACAGAAUCCUCAUUGACAACGGUUACCAGCCUGAAUGGAUCGUGGCUCAGAAGGAGAUCAGGGAAACCAUUGCUAAAAUGAGGGCAAGGUUGCAGGAGGUCAGGGCCAGGCUGGGAGAACCCAUGAGACACUCAGAAACCUUCCAGUGGAAGGAGCACUGUGCUGUGUUUGCUGAUGAACUGGGGAAACUCAACAAGAAAGUGGACAAUUUCAACCUGAUUGUGCCUCUUAUGAGCAGGCAGAUGGUGCAUUACAGCCUUAAGAGAGAGCUGGAGAAAAUACUGAAAACUGAUCAGCUGCUCAGGCAGGAGAAGGAAAGAGAAAAAGAAAGGAAGCAAAAGGAGCAGAUGGAGACAGCAAGAACAUCUACGAGUUGUAUUUCACCUGUUGGCCUGUUAUUAGUGUGAUUAAAAUAAUUGUGCCCCUUCUUUGUUUUUAUUAUAACUGUAAUACAGUAUGAAAUAAUUUUGUUUUAUUAAAAACUAGCAGAAAAUUAAACACAAUAAUAAAUAAAUAAAUACUAUCAUG